AUGUGCUCGCGCUUGGACCUGGCGACGCUCCGCGUGCGGAAGGACCUCAACGAGCUCGCCAAGGGCAAGUUUGCCGUCGAGCAUGCGACGACCCAGAUCGAGUUCCCGGACGGCGUGGAGAACCUGCUCCGUAUCCUCAUCACGAUCGCGGUCACCGACCAUGCAAGCGCCUACGCCAAUGGCGACUUCAAGUUUCGCAUCGAAAUCCCCAAGGCGUACCCGUUCCAUGGUACGACGCCACGAUGCUGCGCUGCCGCAUCCCUCGACCGCAUUUGGCACCCGAACAUUGACCUGCAUACGGGCCGCGUCAUGUUUUCCAUUCUCGGCAAGGACUGGCGCCCGGUCCUGAGCAUCAACACGAUCUUGCUUGGCCUUCAGCUCAUCUUUAUCGAGCCCAGCAUCGAGUUCCCCAUGAACGAAGCGGCCGCAAACGCGUACCGCCAUAGUCCUCAGGCGUUUCGUCGCGACGUGCAACUGACGCUCCAGGGCGGCGUCCACUUCGGUCUGCAAUUUGUGCGUCACCCGCGCUACCGCAACGUCCAUGGACCUCGGAAGCGCGAGCGCGGCCUCGAGCACGAGAUUGAGCAAAUGACGAUCGUGUCGCCCGACUCGCACGGCGCCAUGGACAUGACGGACGUCGAGAACGACGACGACCCGUAUCCGCCGUCCGCCAAGCGCCACCGGAUGACAUAA